AUGGAAGCCGCAGCCAAACGCUUCUUCUCGUCUCCAUACUUCGCCGUUGUGGGUGCGAGUCAAGACAAGACCAAAUUCGGAUAUCGAAUUUUGGCAUGGUAUCAUACCCACUCCCUCCAGGUGACGCCAGUCAAUCCUGGUCGACCAUCAAUAUCACUACCUUCCAAGACUUACGGCACAGUUCCUUCGGUCUCAGCACUGCCUCAUCCGGCCGAAACAGCGUUGUCUUUCGUCACGCCGCCUGCAGUCACUAGGAAGGUGCUGCAGGAAGCCAAAUCUGUAGGCAUCAAGGCAGUUUGGCUACAGCCAGGGGCUUAUGAGGACGAGGACCUCGAGUUCGCCAAGGAGAACUUUGAGUCGGCAGUCGGCGGCUUUGAAGAUGGCACGGUAGGCGGAGAAGGCUGGUGUGUACUUGUUGACGGUGAAAACUGUCUACGCGCCGCAGGAAGGGAGAUCGCCAGGCAGAAGUUGUGA